AUGGCACACAAGUUUGACGACCUUCGCAACACCGUCAAAGGCGUCGUCCUCACACCCGGCGACGACGGAUACGACGAGUCUCUCAAAAGAUGGAGUCACGCGGCUAUUAAACCCGCCGCCGUUGUCGUCCAGCCAGACAAUGUGGAAGAAGUUUCCAAGACGAUCAGAUAUGCCACAGCCAACAAGAUCCCUCUCACGGCCAUGAGUGGCGGGCACGCAACCAGCGGCUCGUCCUCUUCAGACGGCGGCAUGGUUAUUGAUUUGCGCCGCAUUGAUUCCGUUACUGUCGAUCCCGCACAAAAGACCGUGACCUUUGGUGGUGGGUGCAGAUGGAGCCAAGUUGAUGAGGCAUGUGCUGAGCAUGGGCUUGGCACUGUUGGUGGAACAGUGAACCAUACUGGCGUGGGUGGAUUUAUUCUCGGUGGCGGAAUGGGCUGGUUGACGCCCAAGUAUGGCCUUACUAUUGAUAACUUGCUCAGCACGGAGGUGGUUCUUGCGGAUGGGCGGAUAGUAAAUGCAUCUGAGAAUGAGAAUGAGGACCUAUUCUGGGCUUUACGUGGUGCCGGGCAAAACUUUGGUAUUGUCACCAAGUUCACUCUCAAGAUAUACCCCGUCAGCACAGUGUACGCCGGCCCCGUCAUCUUCACACUCGACAAACUUCCCGCGAUAGUCGACUUCGCCAACUGGUUCCACAACAACAACACCGGCGACGAAGCCUUCUGGGCAGGCGUAUGCGGAUCUGCCCCCGGUGCGCCCGGCCCAGUCAUCCUUUGCAUGACCUUCAAGACGGGCACCCAGCAACAAGGCGAAGAGUUCUUCAAACCACUUCUGGAUAUCGGGCCCAUCAACGUAAUGGCCGCUGAAAUGCCGUACCACAAGGCAAAUGACAUGAUUCCCCCGUUUGAAGAUCGCGUGCGUCGACUUCAGGGCGGGGCGAACUUUGUCAUGCCCCUGGAUGUCGAGUUUGUGAAGAGCAUUGCAGAUGAGUUUGUGGAGUUUGUUGACGAGAAGGGGAUUGGCGAUGGGUCGAUGUGCAUGUUUGAGUGUCUACCGUGGACGAAGGUUAUUACGGUGCCGAGGAGUGCGACGGCGUAUCCGUCGAGGGGGCAUUUUUACCAUCUUGCGACGGUGUUUAUGUGGCAGGAUGAGAAGAUGGAUGGGGAGGUUAGGCAGUUUCAGAGGAGGUUGCUGGCGAAGGUGAGGGAGAAGGGGUACCAGGGCGAGGGUGGGCAGUAUGCUAAUUAUGAUGGUGAGGCGAUUGAUCCGAAUAGAGCGUUUGGUGAAAACUUGGAGAGAUUAAGGGUGUUGAAGAAGAAGUAUGAUCCGGAUAAUGUGUUUUACAAGUGGCAUAGCUUAUGGGCGAAGGAGUGA